AUGUCGGAGCGCGGCGACAGCGACGCGGACGCCGCGGAGGAGAUCAACGUGGUCACCUCGAGCUCCCGCAGCUGCAGUCCGCGGAAUCGCGUCAACGUCCAGAGAAGCGCCGAGGCCCGGUCCGAGUACUCCGAGUCGCCGCCCAGCGGCCCCGGAGGAAAGGUCCCGAAGAGCGAGUCGGCGGGCGGACAUCCCUUCAGCAUAAGCCGUCUUCUGGGCGAGAGCAGGAGCCACGGAUUGAAGGACCUGUCCCCGGACGACGACCCGGACCCCGAGAGGCCCGGCAAGCUGCCCUGGACCUGGGCCAAGGGCAGCCCGGGCUCCGUCCCCGAGGACGGUCGGCGAUCCUGGGGUCCCGAGACCGAGGGCAAGGACAGGGACGACGAGGAGACGCGGACCGGCCAGGCCGACCUGUUCGCCCCCUUCAGGCUCUUCCACGGUGCCGGACUCAUCUACACCGGGAGCGGCGUCAUCAGGGUGCCCGCCCAUCGGCCGCCCGGCGCGUCCAGCAGCACCCUCACCUCGGGCACCGUCCCCGGACAGGCCACCCUGGUCCCGCCCUGGAGCCUGCAGGCUCUCCAGCACCACAGCCAGCAGCAGGCCGCCGUCUCCGGCCUCCACAGGGCCGGCUUCCUCGCCAAUCUGGCGGUCCAUCCCCUUCAGUCGCAUCCGCACAUGAAGGACCGACUCGCAGUGGCCGGAGGAUUUCCGAGACGAAUCGGCCAUCCUUAUCAAAACAGGACACCGCCGAAACGCAAGAAGCCAAGGACGAGCUUCACGAGACUGCAAACCGCGGAGCUGGAAAAGCGGUUUCAGAAGCAGAAAUAUUUGGCCUCGACCGAAAGAGCGGCUUUGGCGACGUCUCUCAAGAUGACCGACGCCCAGGUCAAAACCUGGUUCCAGAACAGGCGGACGAAGUGGAGGAGACAAACGGCCGAGGAAAGAGAGGCCGAGAGGCAAGCCGCGAAUCGGCUGAUUCUCUCUAUGCAGGCCGAGGCACUUGGAAAAAUUGGGUAUCCGGCAUCGAUGACGACGCACGCGUCGGGUUCGUCGGUUUCCAACGUGGAGGGCCAACAAGUAGCGACCCCAUUGGUCCACGCGAGUGGCCAGUGGGCCUCACCCUAUGGCCCUCACCAACCGCUCACGGAGCCUAUCUGCUGAACUUUACAAGUAACGAGUAUUAAGCGACGCCAAGCGUCCCAGUGGUACCGAGACUUUGGUAAUGACGAGGGUGCAAAUUCCUUCGCGGAUUACUCUUCCACCGGGUUUGGAAAAUUAUAGAGAUUUUCGGAGCAGCUUUCGAGAAAUAUCCGCUCGACUUUCUUUUGGAAUCAUGGAGAAAGAAAUCUCGAGAGCGCUUCUC